AUGGUCACAAAAGCGAAGAACAAGAACAAUCGACGAAAAUCUAUUGGUAUUAUCAAGAAUAGUGUGAAGAAGGUGGACUUCAGUGAGGAAAAAUCGAAGACUGGCAAGUGGCCUUCACCGUCGACAAAUACGUUGAACAGACUUGCACGAGAGAAGAUCGUUCUCUGGAGACAACCGUUCACCACCACAUAUUAUGCACUUAUGGAGAUUUUUAAUUUAUUCUUAGAGUUCUUAACGGGUUUUAGGCUGCUUCACCACAAAGCUAUAUUAGUGACGUUUUUCAUACUUUUCUCUGUGUUCUACUAUGUCUAUAUAACCCCUGGGAAACAUCAGCAACAUAUAGCAAUCGUUGAAAACAAAUUGAUUUGGUGGGGUUGGUGGGUUUUCCUUGGUGUUUUAUCGUCAAUCGGUCUAGGAACUGGUCUGCACACCUUCCUUAUUUAUUUGGGACCUCACAUCGCGGCGGUUACUCUGGCUGCUUACGAAUGUAACAGUCUUAACUUUCCAGAACCACCUUAUCCUGACAGCAUUGUGUGUCCGGAUGGGAAAUCAGAUGUGACCAUUACUCUCUGGCAAAUUGUUGCAAAAGUUCGAGUAGAGUCGUUGCUGUGGGGUGCUGGUACGGCUCUUGGCGAAUUGCCACCGUACUUCAUGGCUCGUGCUGCUCGAUUGAGUGGUGAGGAACCAGAUGACGAAGAGUACAAAGAGUUUCUCCAGCUGAUGAAUGCUGACAAGAAGGGCGGCGUUGAUGAACUAUCGUGGACUGAUCGCGUAAAGGCUAGAAUAGAACGAUUCAUCUCCAGAGUUGGUUUUCCUGGAAUCCUCUUCUUCGCAUCAAUUCCAAAUCCUCUUUUUGAUUUGGCGGGUAAGUGGUAA